AUGGGUUCCGGUCAGAUGCCGCCCUGGCUGAUGUUGGUGUCGAUGCUGAUGGCUGCAGCUGGCAACGGCAGCUACACCCUGCAGGAAGCCAUCAAGCACCGCAAGGAACUCGGCCAGGAGAACGUGCUCAAGGCCGUCCAGGCUGCCUCUGACAUCGACGAGCAGGACGAAGAGGGGCGCACAGCAUUGAUGUGGGCAGCAGGGAAAGCAGACGUGGAGAUCGUGAAGGCGAUCCUUCUAGCCGGGGCUGACGUGAACCUCCAAAGCAAAGCCGGAUGGACGGCUCUUAUGGUUGCUGCUAAGUACGGCCAGCCGGGGAUCGUGGAGGCGAUCCUCAAGCACAAGCCGGACCUCGACCUCCAAGAGAAGACCGGCUGGACGGCUCUCAUGUCUGCUGCUCGUUACGGCAAGCCGGAGACCGUGGAGGCCAUGCUCAAGCACAAGCCGGACCUCGACCUUCAAAACAAGAUCGGAUCGACGGCUUUGGCUGUGGCAGUCCAGAACCCGCACGGCCCCUCCGCGGCCCUGGCCAUGGUCCAGGCGCUCCUGCGCGCGGGCGCGGCCGUGGACUCGGCCGACUUUGCAGGGCGGACGCCGCUGAUGGGGGCGGCGCUGGAAGGUCGCCUGGAGGUCGUUGAAGCGCUGCUCAAGCACGGGAGCCGCCCGGAGCUGCGGAGCCGCAGCGGCCAAAAUGCCCUGGACUUCGCCAGGCUCAGCUACAGCUACACGUCCAGCAAAACUAAAGACUUGUUGGUGCAGCGACUUGAAGCGGUCACUCCAAAGGGCGUGGACUUAGCCAAGAAGUACUUCGCCUCCCGCACCACCUGGCUUUUCCUGGGCUCCGGCCUCGCCUUCGGCGUCUCCGCAGGUUAUUGCUUGGUGGCGAUGGGAAAGACGGGAAAUCCGACAAACUCCGAUCACGUGACCGUGCUCAUCAGCAGCAGAAGGCUGGCGAUCAAGAGCCUGACGAAGGAGAUCUGGAAGGCAGAAGCCUUCAGACUGCUGGAGCUCGUGGCCUGCCUCCUCCUGCCCUUCUCCAUGACCAUGCUGUGGAUUGAGCCGCUGAAGUUUUUUCCGUUCUAUCUCCUCGUCUACACCCUUCCCGCCCUGGCAUGCUGGCAGCAGAAGGCCCUCCGCUUCCCGGCCUUGCUGCUCGUGAGCCCCGCAACCCGACCGGGCCUCCUUUGCCCCGUUCGCCUUCCGCGGGCCGUUGCCACCGUCGCGCAGCUCGCUUUGCUGUAUUGGCUGCCAGGGCACUGCUCCCAGCCCAUCAGCUACUACAUAUAUGGAAAUAUGGCAUUGGAGAAGGCGACGGUGGCCUUCCCCAUGAACGCAAUGGUGCACGGGCCCCUGCCGCUGCUGAGCAGGGCCUCUGCUGAGAUAGCCUGCCCGGCGAAGAAUACAUUCCCGGCUCAGGUACAAUCGCUGUUCUUCUGCAUGCAGUACAUCGUGGCCGUCGUCAGCCUUAUUUGGGUGUUCCUAGUCACGAUCGACACCUGCUGCGGUUUCAUGCAGCUUGCUACGAGUGACCAGCAAGCCGUGGAGGAACUGAGCAGGCGCAUAGCCGCAACUGAAGCGAAAGACGAGAUUUCAAAGAUUUCCGGCCCGGUCGCCGUGAGCCCGGAGAGGGCGAUUCAGUGCCUGCCUCCGGGAGGCAUCUACUUCGCUGUGGGUAUGGCCAUUUGCGACGUCUUCCUCGACAUCUACAGUGCAUAUUCUUGCGUAGUGGCCGCGCAGCUGAAGUUUGCAUCCCUCAUGGUCGCUAUCGUCAGCACUUCCUGUACGGUGGAAGCCCUCACCAGCGCCCCGUGGACCCUCCCAAAGCAAAUAGCAGCCUCCUUGCAUCGAGGCUUGUCGACCGAUGCUCUGCGUCAUGCUCUAGAAUUCGAAGCUUCCUUCGAGGCCCCGUUAUCUUUGUGUCUUUCGGCAUAUGCCUUCGUCUUCAACGUGCGGGGCGGUGGCCUCCUAACGCUGGUCCUCUCCCUUAUGAGUAUCAUCCUAAGCACCUACAACACUGCCAGCUACUUCUGCUGGAGCAUCGACUUGGGGCUGCACAAGGACUACGACGAGAUGGGCCAGGAUACCACAAAGAAGGAUUUCGAGUUGGAGCUGUGCGACCACGAAGAAGGGCUACGUUUACAUGGUCUCCGGCAAGGGCACGAAAGUGUUGAUAGUAGGCACCAGUGUCUUGCCCAGUGUCAGGAAACUUCAGACUUCCGUUGCGCUGCUGCUUGUUUCUGA